AUGGGCGAGAACACAGAGGAGCUGAUGCUAUUCAUCCUGAAUAUCAACAAGAAAUUGGCGGAGAUGCAGGAAACCUUCUGCACGACGCAGAACUCGUUCAACGAUUGCUUCAAGGGAGUUGCAGAGAAUCCAGGGGGCGCCGUCCUCUCCGAGACUGAGCGCCCAGACGCCGAGAUCGAGGAGCAGUUCAAGUUCGCUCUCGAUGCCAGGGGCGUUGCAGAGGCUGCGUCUGCAGUGGACCCAGGGGGUGCCGUAUGCUACGAGGUCGGCCCAAUGCCGCUUGGAAAGCACCGCAAAGUGGUUGGCCUGCCGUUGAUCCAAAGGACAAGCCUCUCCUCGAGUUCCGCUACCCUGGGCCGGGAUGGGUUCGUGUUCGAGAAGCGCAUCAUUUUCGAGAGCAUACUGCUGGAGGACUGGUGCAUGGUCGUCGGCCAGAUCGCCCAGGCAGCGAUCCUCGGGGCGGCGAACAUCGGCGGAGCCUGGCUGGGUCGCUGCCCCCCUUGCCCGCAGGCGCCGGGGUGCCCGGCGCCUGCACUGAGCUGCCCACCGGUCUCGCUCACCUGCCCGGCGCCCCCGGCGCCGCCGGCGCUGACUUGCCCGCAGGUGACCUGCGCGGCUCCCGCGUGCCCGCCGUGUGAGGCGCCGGCACGCGAGGAGGUGGCGCCGUGCCCCUCGCCGGCCCGCGAGGACGCGGGCGCCGACGGCCGCCUGGCCGCUUGCCUGCCGCUGAAGGCCGUGGUGCUGAUCGGCGCGGACAGCAUGUUGGCCGUGGUGUCAUCGUCCGACCUAGUGCCGGGGGACGUGAUUCUAGUCCGCUACGCCGCGGACGAUCUCUGGCAUGAGCGAGUGCUGAGCUGGGCGCUGCCCGUCGACAAGAGUGGGGCUGUGCAUUGGGUGGUGGCAACACCCGACGGAGACAUGUAUGUGGAGACGAUCGAGGGGGGAAGCGCCGACGAUAGCCCGGUGGAGUGGAUCCGCCCGGCGGCCGACGGACGCCUCCCUGUUGGCUUCCAGGACGCCGUGUACUCCUUCCAGCGAGGCGAGAUCGACGGGGCCCUCUUAGAGAAGUGCGUGAAGAAGGGUGCCACCAUGGCGUUGAUGGACGCUCGGGAGCAUGGCGUGACCCCUGUCACCAUGACCGUGGCCCGGGCCCCGGGCGGCCGCAGGGUGCCGAUCGAGGAGGUCGUAGGCGCGGGGUUCGUGCAGCCGGCGCUCCGAGACGGUGCGCCUGACGGCGCGGACGCGGGAGGAGCCAUGGUGGCAGGGACUGCUACGCCGAGGACCGGCGUGUGGCGCGUGGUAGAGGAAGGCAACUCGUUGGGCUACGACGUGGGCCGUGAGGUGAAGCCCGUGACGGUGUACAUCGGAUGCAAGGGCGUCUACUCGCCCGACGGCAAGGACUCAGUGUUCGUGGAGUUCAGUGACGAGGACGAGGGCGAUUUUGUCAAGAGGGUGGCCCCGCGACCCCCGCCCAAGGAGUCCUCGGCGCAGGAUGCGCGCACGCUGGCCAUCAAGUUCAACCCGCAGGGCCGCAUGCGAGACUGGCGUGAUGUGGUGGAUAGCUGUCAACAAGAGGAGUUCGAGGAUUUCCCUGUGAGCGGGCCCCGCAGCAUGAGCUGGUGCUUACACUUCUUACGUCGUCGGCACACCCCCUUGGACCAUCAUCUGAUGUUCCGCAGCACGUGCUCGCUGAAGCCUGAGCAGUGGGGGGUGGCCGAGCACGAGACCUUGCUUCGCAUCAUCGAGCUUGCGGGGCAGUGUGACCAAUUGGAUGUGACGAACCUGGCGUGCAUGGAGGCGGCGGCGCGCAGGGUGCAGACCAUCGAGUGGGCCUACCAUGAUAAGAUCAGGGAGACGGACGCAGGGUCCACCUCGCGGCUAUCCAUCGAGGAGGCCACGGCUUUCUCAGGCCUCAGCCGUGCGGGGGACUUGAUGAUGGUGCUGCCCGCUCUCCUAGAGCACGUGAAGUUGCAAGUGGAGAAGGACGCAGCCAUCAUGAAGAACAUCAGGAAGGCCAAGGAGGAGAGGGAGCUGAGGCGCCAGGCCGUCGCCAGCCUAGCCAACCAAGCGAUCUACACUCUCAACGACUUGGCGGGCAGCGAGCGGGGGUCUUCCGUCUCGCAGCCUGGCGAGGGGCGGGCCCCGCACGGGGCUGUGCAGCGACGUGUAUAUGCGGCCGCCGCGGCGAUGGGCCCGCCACCAGCUCUCUCGCCCUCGGGAGCCCUGCAGGAGCUCCGGGGGUGCACGGUGUACGAGGACGUGCAGUCCACCGUGGUGCCCUACGACGAUAUGAAGGCCUCCCUGCCGAUGAGCGGUAAUCGUCCCGUUCCCCUGGCAGAACUUUUUGGGGCCGGUGGUCAAGCUGAAGUCGACGGGUUUCUUGACUCUCAUCUUCUCAAAUCAGAAGCAGCCUCCCACAACCUCAAGGGGGCCCCUCGGGAGACGUACAUGGACGAGGUGCUUCGGAACUCUCCGCGCGCAUACCAGCGGCUGGUCAAGAGGCUCGAGAGGGCCGGGAUGAUUGACUACACCGUCCAGCCGCAGGAGUUUUGUUCGCUCUUUUUCGUGAGAAAGAAAAAUGGUAGCCAGCGGUUGGUCGUCGACUGCCGUCGCUCCAAUUGUUGGUUCUCGGCCGCGGACCCCGUCCAGCUCAGCACGGGCGCCGGCCUCGGGAACCUAGAGGUGCCGGACGGGGCGCGGCUGUACGUGGGCCACGUGGAUAUCAAGGAUGCCUUCUACCACUUCGAGCUGCCGGAGCGCGUGCGCAACUUGUUCGCGCUGCCGGCGGUGCCGGCCUGGGUGGCUGGCCUUGCUGAGGUGGGCGGCGUGAGAGUGAGCCCGGGUACUUCGGUGUACCCGCGGCUUCGAGUGCUUCCCAUGGGAUGGUCGCACGCACUGUGGGUUUGCCAGACUCUGCACCGCCGUAUCAUCCAGGUGUCCGCCCGCGACAUCGAGAAAGUGGUGGGACACUGCACCUUCUUAGCCCUCCUCUCUCGGACCUCGCUCUCCAUCUUCCGGUCCGUCUACACCUUCAUCGCUCGUCAUCGUGAUCACGGUACCGUGCCGCUCUGGGAGUCUGUUCGCUGGGAGCUCGAGGCCUUCAGGAACGUCAUUCCCUUGAUUCGUCGUGAUUUUGGGGCUCCGUGGAGUUCGAAGGUUAUGGCAUCGGACGCUUCUUUCUGGGGCUACGGCGUCGUCUCACGGGACCUCCCUCCGGACAAAGUUCAACAACUAGGGCGUGUCAGUGAACGAUGGCGGUUCUCGGGUAAGGCUCAGGUCAGAUCUCGUGAAGGGGUUCUGGGGCCCGACGGGGAGCUCGACAUCGGCGACUGGGUGAAGAAGGUGGAGGAGGACAGUCAGGAGAGGGAGGACGCCCUUUCGGAUCUGCCGGAGGUCUUGAAGGAGAGGGGGUGGGCGGUGCUGAUGAGCAAGAAAUGGGGGGUGCCCAUCUCCAACAUCGUUCAGGGAGAGGUCGACGCCCAGAGCGACCACCGCGCCGCGGGGGACAGCUGUGGCGCCGCGAGUGGGCCCGAGGCCGCCCGCGCUGACCUACCCAGUGCGGGGCUGCCCAGUGCUGGGUCGGCGACGGCCGAGGGCGUCCUCGCCGCCGAGCGUGGCGACGGCAGGACAUGCCCGCGGCUGCUGCGCAGCGCUGCCACCCAGCUGAAGGCAGCGCGGCGAGCGCUGCGGCUGCCGAUAGCAGGACGACAGCGCUAUCUGCAGGCUCGGUCCGUCCGGACCGAAGCAGUGCGCCUGCGCUACUCGGAGUUCUUAGAGGAGCUGGACCAGUGGCUCGGGCCCAGCGGCCUGAGUCGCAGGCCGUGCCCGAGCGGCCGCCUGGGUGCUGGGACCGUGGGCCAGUUCGACCAGGACCUGAGCGACUGGAUGAACGAGCAGUACAUGGAGGGCUACGACCACUGGCGCGGGUCGAACAUGAUGGCGGCGAUCGCCUGGGCAGACCCUCGCCUGGGCCGCGUGGGGGGGCACGGGCUUCCCCUUUCGCGGCAGGCGCUGAAGGGCUGGCGACUCCUGACGCCCGCCUCCAGCCGCCUGCCGCUGCCGUCCGAGGUGGUGUUUGCCAUCGCGAUGGAGCUGCUGGUGAUGGACCGCUGGAGCAUGGCCGUGUGCACCAUGCUGUCCCUCGUUUUCCUCAUGAGGCCCGGCGACUGGAGGACAGUGCGCGUCGAGCACCUGACGCCGCCUGCGGUGGGCGGCAGUCGCGGGCUUGCCCGCUGGAGCCUGGUGCUGCACCCGUUGGAGAACGAGGGCAGCCUGCCAAGCAAGACGGGGGAGUUCGACGAGUCGCUGCUGCUGGACCUAGAGGAGGACCAGUGGCUGGCGCCGCUCUGCCAGCGUCUCGUGCUCGGCCGCGACCCGCAGGAGCCCCUGUUCGCCUUCAGCCAGGCCGAGUUCGCGCGGUGCUUCAAGACGGCCGGCGCAAAGCUGCUGCUGCAGCGCCCUCCGCCGCCCUACAUCCUGCGGCACUCGGGCGCCAGCCGCGACUUCGCCGAGCAGCGCAGGACGCUGGUCGGGGUGAAGCGCCGGGGAAGGUGGCGCACAGACGCGAGCGUCAGGCGCUACGAGAAGGGGGGCAGACUGGGCAGCGAGUUCGCCAAGCUGCCGCUCUGCCUCCAGAACCAUGCACGCUGGUGCCUCAGGUACCUCCCCGCGGCGCUCUCCGGAUCGCUGCAGCCACGCCCGCCGCCGCUGAGGUCCAACGAUCUCGCCCCGGGGCUCAAGGACCUGUCUGCAGCUGACCAGGCCAAAGUCGAUCUCGGGAACACCCUCAUGUCCUUCACCGUAUCGUGCAUCCCGCCCCUCGUGCUCGCCGCGGACGAGUACCUGGUAGAGGUCCGGCACGAGGCGCUGCCGCAGUGGUGGUAUGUGGGCAGUGCCAUCGAGUUCCGCACCAACAAGGGACGCAGGUUCUCGCACGUGGCUGCCUGGGGCUCCGGGCGUGAUGAGGACGCCCGCGUCUUCCGAGCGUCGCCGCGGCACUGCAUACUGUCUCUGCGGCUGGUGGACGGGUUCCUGCAGGGUAUCGAGGAGGGCCCGUGCCACGUCGACGAGGACCAGGGCCUGGACAUGUUCAUGGUCUACUGGGUGGAGGCCAGUGCGAGCGCGAGCGCCUCCUUGGAGGAGGUGAAGUGCCCCAAGGGGCACCUUAUGCGCGAGGGCUGGUCCCGGGCGGGGCACGUCUGCGACGAGUGCUCCCGGUCGGGCACCGUGGCCCGCUGCGGGGGCGGCUGCGACUACGACCUCUGCGCCGUCUGCUUCCGCCACCACGCCGAGGGCUGGGGCUCGGCCGUGCAGAGGCGCGGCUUCGAGUACCGCGACGCCGCGCUCCGCUUCGCGGCGCUGCGGGGCGCGGGGCCGCCCUCCGCGCUCGUGCUGGGGCCGCUGCGGCUGGAGCUGGAGGACCACCCGUGGCUUGACGUGUGCGGGGAGCUCUCGGGCGCGUGCCGCGGCGGGCUCCGCGGCCUGCGGGCCCUGGCGGGGCGGGCGCUGGGCCUGCAGGGGAGCGCCAGGGCCCCGCACGGCGGUGCUGGGCAGGAGCUGGAGGAGGGGCUGCGGGCGCCUGGCGCCUCCUUCGGCGGUAGCGCGCCACGCCAGCUGCGCGGUCCCCUCCUCGGCGCUGGCGCUGGCGGCGCGCCUGGCGCCGCAGCGGGCGGCUCUUCCGCGGGGCCCAGGCUGGCGAGCGGGGCCGUGGACGAGGCCACGUUCGCCGGGCUCGUGGUCAACGUCGAGAGCGGCGCUCGCGUGCGGGCCUGGGGGCAGGCGGAGCGGCUCAGCAUGUGCGAGAAGGCCGCCGCCGACGCUGGAGAGUUCAAUCCUGGGCAGUGGGAGCGGCGCAUCGUUUGUUCCUCGACCUUCGCUUAA